ACUGCAACAAAACAUCGUCAGACUAUCGAGACUUUUUUGUUCUCUGAGGCAAACUUCAGGUUAAAAAGAAAAUUCGCUGUGAUCGUUGAAUCAUAUGAGGAUUCAGUAAUAUGACAAUAAUUCUUAAUGCUGUCAGGAUAUUUAUCUUUGUUGUACAGCAUCAGCAACAAGCCUUUGGAAUACUGGAGUAAAAAACAAUCGCGCACUGGACGCAUCCGUAAAGUUUUGGAUACCGAAUUGCUUGAGGAUGUAAUAGAAAUACAAGAUUUGGAACAAUGCAGCGUCCCGGGGACGUCCAUUUUGUGUCCCUUCGAGGCGGAACAAUUUCUUCAUAUAAAACUACCGAUUCUCGUAGUUGUCAUGAAGAGUACUAAUGGCCAGUGGCGUAUUCAGUUGCAAAUAAAAGAUACCGACGGCAUUCGCCAUCAUUUUUGUUUCUCCAGUACGAGUAUUGAAAAUAAUAUGAAUAUUCGUGCUCCCGUUAUUUGUCGCGUUCAAGUGAAACUUCAAUCUGGCUGGAACAAGUUGGAGUUGGAUCUGGGACAGUUGACGAGGAGUACUUUUCACUCCGUUUACGAAGCAACUCAGAAACUGGAGAUAAGUGCCAACUGCCGAUUGCGAAGAAUCUAUUUUUUAGAUAAGCAUUAUGAGGAUUCUGAAAUAUCUACGGAGUUGUGUCAAGGGUUUUUAGAUUUUUAUAUGCUCAAGUGGGGGAUACACUUGGUUGAAAGAUCAACGCAAACUGAUGAAAUCAAUUUCAAAGUCUCGUCUCUUGAUCCAAUUGUGAAUGUUACUGAUGGCGUUAAAAAAAAGUUGACCAAAAAUUGUGCUACCAGGAAGGAAUGUCAUACAGAAUUUUUACAAAAUGAUUCGACCCUUAAUUCCAAAUUUAUAAAUAUAAUUCAAGUCAAAUCCUGCAGAUUGAUAGACAAUUUUUUUAGUAAAACCCCUUCGAAGUUUUCAUCAGUUUACGAUUUUAAGCAGAAAUUUAAGGCCAAACCAUAUUUCACUCCAAUUGUAUGCAAGUCGCAUUCAAAGGAACUGUUAGCCAAAAAAUUAUUUACAACAAACUUGGAAAAACAUUGGCUCUCUGAAACGUAUGAGAGUUUUCCAAAAACCGUAGAAGGGUUUUUUGAAAAGUUUUGUCACACUUCCAUAGGUGAUGAUUACGAACCUAUAAAUAAAGAUCAGAAUGAACAAAAUAAAAAGAAGCAAGAAAAAAUGCAGGAACAAUGGAUUCAUCGAUACGUGGAGCAAUUUGAAUUAAAUAGCAAAGAUAAAGAUAUAGAUAAAAGAGUAUAAGAAAGAGAAAUUCGGCUUUGUCCUGUAGAUGAACGAGCCUUCAUAUGUAAAAAUUUCAUUUCAAUAAAGAUAUACAUACAAUAUUUAGAUUC